GUGCGGAAGAAGCAAAAAUGGGUUGGGUUUGGAAAGACGAGACGAACAACGGUUCGCCGUCUAGAUUUGGCGGCUUCGGCGAAAUUGAAAACCCUAGCUCUGGGUCGGGAGAUCGUUGUUCUACGAGAAGGAUCGUCAAGAAGCAAUGCAAGACGGAAGAGGUCGAGCCCGGGAAGUUUAUCAGGAAGUGCGAGAAGACCGAAGAGAUUCUCAGGGAAUGCGUUGGAAGGCCUGUUGAAGUGAUAGAAUCCAACACAGAGUAUAGUGAAGAUGAUAUCACGAAUGAGAUAGUUCAAGGGUCCUCACAUUUGGGAUCCUCAGUACUUGAACCUUUUAGCUUUCCUGGUCUACGUGGAGAUAUUGAAGCCAUUGAGCGGGAUGUAUUUGGUAGCUUUAGCCGUUUCUUUGAGGCUGCUGAAGAUAUGAAGAAUGGAUUCUUUCGGGUCUUUGGGACUCCAAACCUUUACGACGGUGAAUCCUCAUCUAGCUUAAGGAAGGGGAUACCAAUAGAAAGUGAGCUUGAGAAGGAAGCUCCUCCUAAGCCACGAAAUGAUGAAUCAGUUUACUCCGAUUUUGCUGGACAAAUUAAAGAUGUUUGAAGCUCCUCUUUGAUUGUUGAGUAGUGAUUAUAUAUUGCAUCUUGAAAAUCAAAUGUAGUUUUUAUUGCAUAAAUUGGGUCCUCACCAAUGAAUAUUUAUACCAUAUAAUCGUUCCCCUUAUUUCUCAUGCUUUUUUACGUUUAUAGUUUUUUUUUUUUUUUUUUUUUUUUGCUUUGUGUUAUUGACCUGGCUCCUCUGCAAGCUUUAGUCUGGAUGGUGACUGUUAUCUUCUC